UGUCGUCCUAAGUGGCUUCCUGUAUCUGUCAUUGUCUAAGUGUUGUUCUAAUAAGUACUUUUGAAAUAGAAAAGUCCUCUAUUCGUCAUCAUUAUCAUUACCAUAACAAGCCUGUCUUAGCCCCUGCUGGACAUAGGCCUUUCUCAUGCAAGCCACUGAGGUCGAUCUUUGGCUCCCCUUCUCUAAUCUCUGCCAGCUGUCUUACGAAUAUCAUCGCCUUUGUUUUUGUUAGAGAUUUAACUUAGUUAACUAAACGCUGCCUUUUUAAAGACAAGAAUUAGGCUUACCUAAAAUUACAUAAAACAAACUCAUUUUUUUACUCAUUUUAACACUGCUGCCGCCUUUUAAAGUAACUCUUGAAGUAGUAAAAGCGAGACGGCCAUAAACCACGCGUAGCGUUGUCUCACCACUACAGCAGUAACAGAUACAUACCUAAAUAAAUAGUAUCAUAGAAUAAUGCUCUACGCAGUUUUUGGAUGAUAGAUAAAUUAAAACACACUGAAUACGCAAAAAAAUAUAAAUAAUAACUUGACCUACAAAUGAGAGACUUUGAUCGAGGAAUCAUUAGUUAUUGUAUAAAAUCUGUCAGUUUACAGUUUUAGUAUGUUACGAAUAAUGGACUAAAUACUUAUACUCAAAAUCUUAUUCUAUUUUUAUCUUAUCUUAUUUUUUAUUGAUAAAUUCAUAUGGGCUACUCAUCUCCUGAACGGUUGAACUGUCUGCGAUUUUACAUACACGUUUUGUUAUCUGGAAUUCAUAAGCUACUUUAUAUCUAAGUGAAGCUUCGGACUCGAUGCAGAAAGUUUAGGGCUGCGUGCUGUCCAGAGACCUAUGUUUAACAGUGAGUCUGCGAGUUAAUUGAAUGAGGCCUCGAAAACGGGACGCUAGGCAAAACUAAAACAGCCCAUUCUUUAAUUUUCUGAGUGUGAAAAAAGUUUGUCUACCUCAAUCACGCGUUUAUGAGGUGUGGUUCUUUUUGACCAUGUUUUUUUAUUCACUUAAUUUUUAGAAAGAGUUUUUGACCGUACGUAUAUUAUGAUAAUAAACAGUUAUAUUAUUAUAGAUACAAACGAAAAUGCAAUAAAUGUAUAAUUUUAAGGCAAGACGAAGUAGUGUUAUACGUGUUUUCAACUGUUAAUUUCCUCUCAGAGGCAAAUAUAUCUAGGUAUUAAAGUAGUUUGCCAAUGUUUAUUAAUCUAUGUCACACCAGUUUCACUUAACGCGGUGUCAGCAAAAAUUCCAAGCGUCGAAUUUUAUGAGUCCUAUCUCAUUUGGACUUUGAGUUUGCUAAUAAUACGUCGCAAAUUAUUUAUAUGCAGUGACCAUAAACAGAAUAAGAAAUCAGACCAUCAUGCGUCAUGUUCACAUACCGCUGUUCAUUAUUAUCCUCACGACCGCCUUAUGUUCCUGCUACUGCCCUCACGAUAAGAUUCGGAACCGAACCCAGUGUGCCUACCGAAUAUACUGUUUUGGGAAAAUUCGCGGCGUCACCCUACCGGACCAAUGUCGAGAGGCCACUAACUACCCCGUCACCGUAGACGUGACCUUGAGCGACGCCGAAGACCACUUCGACGAAGACAGUUUCGUAGACGAAGGGCUCCUCAACUACAUCACCACACUCAAGAUAUCAGCUCCAUGGCAAACAACGAACCUUACAAUCCUCACGUACACCACCAGCCUUCAAAACCUAUAUCUCGUCAACAAUCGCAUUGAAACAAUUUCCGGUACUCCCUUUUACUAUUUAAGCCGCCUUCAAAAUCUCUACUUGUCCCACAAUAAGUUGACGGAUAUCGAACAGCUCUUCCAGUUUCAGAAUUAUCCAAACAAACUAAGGAGGCUGUCGCUAGCUCACAAUGAAAUCGAAGACUUACCCGGUGAUGCCUUCGGCGAUCUCUCGUCUUUAGUAGAACUCGACCUCUCAUUCAAUAAAAUCUCAGAUUUAUCAGAAGAACCGUUUUAUAACCUAACAAAACUUGAAGUUCUCAGGCUUAACAAUAAUAGAAUAAAAGACCUCAAUGGUGCCGUCAAUGGUUUACCUAUGUUAAAACAACUAUAUUUGAGGGGAAAUCAGAUCCAUAACAUAAAUGAAGAAUCACUUAAAAUUAUAAAGCAUUUAGAAAUAUUUGACUUGUCGAGUAACGACCUGGAACAAAUAAAACCAAUCAUGUUUUCGAGGCAUUGGGAGCAUUUAGCUAAUGCUUCGAUUUGUAAAAUUAUUCUUUCGGAAAACCAAAUUGUGAGCGUGCCGAACGCUACGUCCAAUGAGAUCUCAUCUAGGUUUGUAAGGCAAUCGCAUGGACACAACGUGGACGUGACCACAGAUUUAGACCUUUCAGUAAACUCCAUUACCGACAUACAAUACAAUGCUUUUCAGUCUCUGAUUAAAUUAGUGAAUCUUAACUUGUCCAAGAAUAAAUUGAUAGAUUUUGUCGUGAACCCCAAAGAUCUCAUCCACGUUAAAUACUUGAAUUUAAGCGAAAACUUCAUAAUGAAAUUGUAUUACGAAACAUUCUCCAGCAUGAAUAACUUGCAAAAUAUAGAUUUAUCGGGUAAUCAACUUUAUUACAUACCUGAUAUGGCUUUUAACAAUAAUUACAAUUUGAAACUUGUUAACAUGACUUAUAAUGAAAUUGAGAAACUUGAUGCUAUCCACAUAAAUAUGUUUCAUCCUAGCGGAGGGGCUAUGGAUCUUUCUAAUAAUCGCCUUUUCAAGCUCACGAUACCCUAUGGGGAAGGUCUUCGAUUGUAUUCUUUGAUCUUACAUUCAAAUAAUAUAACGGAUAUCUCUUUGAUCGACUUGAGCCAUCAAUCCGAACUGCAAUCGUUAGAUUUCAGUAGGAAUUCUAUUCAGGAAUUGCACGCGUCCUCAUUACUACUGCCUGUGAGUCUCGAGUCCCUGGAUUUGACUUGUAAUAAAAUACAAAAGAUCGGACCCUCAACUUUCGUCAAAUUCACACGGUUGAAAACACUCCGUUUAAGUAACAAUCACUUGACACGAAUUGAAUAUGGAAUGUUCCAAGGUCUAUCUUCUCUAAAGAAUCUGGAUCUAUCUUACAACAGAAUCAAGGUUUUGGAGUCCAAAUUAUUGUUAGACUUAAAAUGUCUUCAGCUUCUCUCAAUGAGGUCCAACGGUUUGGAUUUAAUAGAUUUCACAAGUUGGUAUGGGCAUAAGUUUAAUCUUCAAGUUUAUGUAGAUAAUAACAAUUUUACUUGUGAAUGGUUGAGUAGUGCUUUGAACGAUUUUAAUAAUGGGUAUAGUAGAGUGAAGCCAACUGUGUUAGUUGGGGGUCACGGUCGCCACACUGUUGAGGGUAUACCAUGUGAAUCUGGGAAGUCUGAAAUGCUGUUCGAAGGUCCGGAGUACGUAAUGGCGGAUGAGAGGCUCCUAGCCACAAGCCAGAAGAUUCUAGAAGCUGUGCGAGAACAGAACUUCUUUUUGAGAAAGUUCAUGCGGAAGUUGUUUCCCGACGAAGUUUAUCAGAUCGUUUCGCAGCGGUAGUAUGAUUUGAUGGACUGAACAUCUUUAAAACUUCCGGUAUGCAAGUAGCCCUUGCUAGGUCGCCUUAAUUAAGUAGUUAUUCGCCAUUUUAUAAAAAAAAAACUUGCUUUA